AUGUGCUUAGAUAAAGAAGGCGAUCCGAACAGUGACCAACCCCUGAACAGCCACGAUACCGCUGCCUUUCGCAAGCCCCGCAGGCCCCUGGAGACCUUCAAAAAGGUGGGGAUCCCCAUCAUUGCAGUGCUGCUGAGCCUGUUGGCCAUCGUGAUUGCAGCCUUCCUCAUCAAGGUGGUUCUGGAUAAACACUACUUCAUCUGUGGAAGUCCCUUGACCUUCAUUCCGAGGGGGCAGGUGUGUGAUGGCCACCUUGACUGUGCCUCGGGAGAGGAUGAGGAACACUGUGUCACAAACUUCCCUGAGAAGCCGGGAGUGGCAGUCCGCCUCUCCAAGGACCGAUCAACCCUGCAGGUGCUGGAUGAGGCCACAGGGACCUGGGCCUCUGCCUGCUUUGACAACUUCACAGAAGCACUGGCUGAGACAGCCUGCAGACAGAUGGGCUACGACAGCCGACCCACUUUCAGAGCCGUGGAGAUUGGCCCAGACCAGAAUCUCACUGUAGCUCAAGUCACAGGAAACAGCCAGGAGCUUCAGAUGAAGAACGUCAGUGGGCCCUGCCUUUCCCUGGUUUCCCUGAGCUGCCUUGAAUGUGGAAGGAGCCUGAAGACUCCUCGAGUGGUGGGCGGGGUGGAGGCCUCUGUGGAUUCCUGGCCGUGGCAGGUCAGCAUCCAGUAUGAUAGGCAGCACGUCUGUGGUGGGAGCAUCCUGGAUCCCAGCUGGAUCCUCACAGCAGCUCACUGCUUCAGGAAGCAUCUUGAUGUGCCCAACUGGAAGGUGAGGGUUGGCUCCAACAAACUGAGCCACUUCCCAUCCUUGCCCGUGGCCAAGAUCUUUGUCACCGAGCACAAUGCCCUGUACCCCAAGGAGAAGGACAUCGCCCUUGUCAAACUGCAGUCUCCACUCACAUUCUCAGACACUGUCAGGCCCAUCUGCCUGCCCUUCUAUGAUGAAGAGCUCAUCCCAGCCACACCACUCUGGGUCAUUGGAUGGGGCUUUACAGAGCAAAAUGAAGGGAAGAUGUCUGACGUACUGCUACAGGCAUCAGUGGAGGUCAUUGACAGCACACGGUGCAAUGCAGAGGAUGCCUACCAGGGGGAAGUCACUGAGGAGAUGAUGUGUGCAGGUACCCCACAAGGUGGCGUGGACACCUGCCAGGGUGACAGUGGCGGACCUUUGAUGUACCACUCUAACCGGUGGCAGGUAGUAGGCAUCGUGAGCUGGGGCCAUGGCUGUGGGAGCCCAAGUACCCCUGGAGUGUACACCAAGGUCACUGCCUAUCUCAACUGGGUCUACAAUGUGCGGAAGUCUGAGAUGUAACGCUGCUGUCCACCACAUCCAAAAGCUCCUUCCCUUCAGACCUGCCCACUGCCUGACCCUCAAGGUCAGAUACAAGGGCAAGAGCCUCCUGGAACACGACUCUGGUAUUUCCUGCAACAACCAAGGACCCGGACACACACAUUGCAGAGUGCCCAGAAGGAAGUAAGGUGUGCUAGCUCAGCCACCCAUGUUUCUCCCACAACCCCAGGGAGACAUGCAUUCCGCUGAGGGAAGCCAGACUGUCAAUUCAG